AUGUCGUUUGCGUCGUCGACGCCGGCCAUGCUACUCCACCUUACCCGCCUCCGAAUGCUCAGCCGAUGGAUGCGCACAACGUGGGGGCCAUCUACACCUUUUGCUACCCUCCACGAGUCUGAGUCAAUUCUCGCGCUUGCCGAGAUUCGGCUUGCCUUCCUCGCUCCAUGCUAUUAUGCCCAUGAUGUGGCGCUCAAUGCUGCUACCUCUGGACCUGUGAUUGCCCUCCUUGCACGCAUUCGCCUUGACGAUUACACCAUCUUGCCAGGCCAUGUUCGACUCCUCCACAAUGUCCCUUACUCACAGAAGCCUCGAAAACCUCUGGACGGACACAGUGACACCCACGAUCGGCUAAGCUUGCUUCUAGACCAACCCUCGGAGGUACCUCGCGCGUCUCCACAUGCAACCUCAGUUUCAACGACGACUCCCCUGCAUCUACUCUUGUCAAACUCCUUGCCUCCUGUAUCUUCUUUCAAGAAACCAAGUUUUAAAACGACGACCACUUCCGUACCGUUCGACGCCACAUCUCCAUCCACAUUGGACAUGGCGAGUUCCAGUUUUACGAGAAUGACCACCGAACCAACAUGCAUGGGCCUCACCCCCACCGUAGCAAAGGUGUCGACACGUUUUUCUUCUCAUCUAUGCCCAGGUUCGCAUCGCUCAAAUUACUCUGGUCACUGCGCGUACCCGAGCGAUACCUCGUUUUUCGAACGGAGUGGGAUUCCACCCCCGUCUACUUCCACAACGUAG